AUUAUCAGGACAGCCUGCUAGUGAAUCGGCAGUGUUGUUAUUGCUGCCUUUGAGAAGCACUGAUAGUUAUUUACGAGAAACAGUGAGAGAAGAGCAUACAACGAUCGUGCUUCAUCGAUCGCAGUUGGUUUGUGACAUUGCUAGAAACAAAAGCGAAAACGGCGAACCGCGGAUGCUUUAGUUUCGUAUCAACAUGGGUCUACAACUGAAAUUUAUAAAAUUCAGUUUAAUUGUUUGCUUCCUGUUUCUGCGCCAAGUUUACAGCAGUCUUCAACCAAUUCGUGUACACAAUGAAGAAGUGGAAACGGCAAUGUUUCCAAAUGAAAGGCUUUCGCUAGACGAUUGUCACCUGCGUUACUACAGAUAUGGUGAUUCAACAUUUGUAGCACCGGUAGCCGCUCUUCCGGCUUAUCUGAAGGAAUUCGCCCACAUGGCCGCUAUCGGAUGGACGCAACCGGAUGGUAGCAUUAGCUGGAAGUGCGGAGGGUCUUUGAUCUUGGAGAACUACGUUUUGACAGCAGCUCACUGCACGCAAGAUAAUGGGACCGCUCCGGAUGUAGCACGAUUCGGUGAUAUAAACAUUUUCAGCGAUGAGGAUGAUCAAUUUGCUCAACAGCUCAAGAUCGUAGAAAUUAUCAGACAUCCUGAGUUUAAAUUUGCUCUUUCUUACAAUGAUAUCGCGCUUCUAAGAUUGGAGAAAAAUGUCACAUUACAUGAAACCGUUUCACCAGCUUGCCUAUGGACAGAGGAAGAAGAAGUACGGUUUCCUUCGCUUCAAGCCACCGGAUGGGGAGACACAGGUUUUGCACUUGCACGAACUCCAUCGCUACUGAAAGUCACGUUGAAACCAAUAACGAACGAAGAGUGUAGUUCAUUUUACAGUAGCGCCAAUCGUAAAUUACGAGAUGGCCUUAAGGCAUCGCAGAUAUGCGCGGGUGACGAACGAAUGGACACUUGUCCGGGUGAUUCCGGAGGGCCACUUCAAAUUAAACUUUUGCACAACGGUAGAAUUUCGCCAUUUCUCGUUGGAAUAACUUCAUUCGGUGUUGCCUGCGGAAUUUCUACUCCUGGAGUGUAUACACGAGUUUCGGCAUUCUACAAAUGGAUUUUGGAUACACUUCAAAGCAAAGAAAACAACGUACACUACUGGAGCCUGGAACCAAUAAGCUGUGCUCUUCGCUAUGUUCAUUUACGAGAGUAUGAGGAUGACGUUAUAACCUCCAGGAAAGAUGGCUGGCUCAGCAUUGACUCUAGUAAGGCGCAUAUGCAGAAGGCUGGCAGAGAACUCAAUCAUAAGGUUGAAAUCGGUUGGAAAGAUGGAUACAUGCGACGAGAUAACUGCAGCGGGACGAUAAUUGCGGACGAUACUGUACUAACACUGGCAGAAUGUGCGUCACAUUUCGGAGUUCCUCCAUCGCACGUAGUCAUCAAUGCGUUCCAGGAAAAUUUCGAAAUCGCUGAGAUUCACGUGCAUCCACAAUAUAGAGAAAACUCUCUGUACAACAACAUUGCCGUUCUGAUACUAAAAGAUAGAGCUGUUUUCACCGAUACUGUAAAGCCAGUUUGCAUUUGGCAUUCGGCAGACAUUCCCGAUCCCCAGCUAGAAGUAGCGGCUGUUGGUCGUCUUGACAUAAACGAUUUUUAUUUUGUGAACGACGCGUUCAAACCAACGGAUAUAAAUCUCUUGCCGAGAUUAAGCGUGAACUCACCCCAAAACUGUACCAUUCCAAAGGAAUUUCGUUCACGACUAACACGUGGCCUAGCAUCGGAGCAUCUUUGUGUAGGAGAUCCUUUAUUUUUGAUUCCCCAGACGUGUCGUUUACUGUAUGGAGCACCGAUGCAACGCCGGAUUUGGAGGAACCGAAGACACUUCCAGUACGCUUAUGGAUUGAAUGUAUUCGGUCGGGAUUGUGGGUUUGGGGAAGCUGCAGUAGCGACUCGUUUAGUUAGUCACGUAGACUGGUUGAAAACCAUUUUACUUCCCAACAUCCGAGACGGAGAAUCAGCGGUGCAAUUUAUUAACCCCGAUUGGAAGGAAAAUGACCACUGCGACUACGAUUACGAUGAUACAGAAGAAUCGAGUAUUUGUACUCACUAUACAAGAUGUCCUAAAGUUUGGGACGAUUUCAAAGCCAAACGGCGAGUGACCUUCUGUUCGACUACAAAUGUGAUUUGUUGUCCUCGAAUAUUCAUCCAGAAAGCAGAUUCCAGUAUUCAAACAGAUGAACUAGAUACCUGUCAAUCUGUUUUCAAACAAUAUCAUCAAAGCCUUCCAGAAUAUCGCCAAGGAUUUCCGAAUAUAGUAACAAUCGAAGGGGAAAGUGCAUCCCGUUGUCUGGCGACACUUAUUUCAAAACGGACGGUGGUCACAUCAGCGAGUUGUUCGUCAUCGCUAUCAAAUGGUCCCACGCGUGCUAUUUUGGCAGAUAAUGCCACUAUUCCAAUUGAAAGAACCAUCGUUCAUCCAAACUAUCGAAGUAACGACAAGGCAAAUGAUAUUGCUUUAAUCAAACUGACCCAGGAUAUCACGCUUAACGCAGCUGUAUUACCAGCUUGCGUUUGGAUGAAUAGUACCCGCACUCCACUGUAUUUACGGUUGAUCAACACAGGUAAUAUUGAAAAUUCCGGCAAACAGGUUGUUCCACUGUACAAUACAGACUGUCAGAGGGAUUAUAUAAGCAAAAUAUCAAACGGGCGACUAUGCGUAGAAGAUGUAAAUCUAGACGCUAAUAAUACCUGCUACCGACCUGGUGACCAGCUGGUUUGGAUUGACACUGUCAACUUAGGAGUUCCCCAUGUUAUCGGUUUCUAUAGCUACGAGGAACGAUGUGAUCAGGCGUAUCCAGUGGUCUUCACUAGGAUUUCAGUAUAUGUUGAUUGGAUCAGAGAAAAUAUAUAAAUACAAAAAUAUUCCUUAUUGCGAUCACCUUGCUCUAA